CAUUUUCAUAGUCAAUUCAACUCGAUUCAUCAUUGUCAUCACAAUCUUGACAUGACUUGAUCCAGGAACAAACAACAAAAUAAUCAACAACAACGUGAGCGCAACAACAACAACAAAAAAAAAUUUCAAAACAUCAAGUGAGAUUCAAUUCAAUUUGAUCAGAUAAUUUUGUUGCCAAAAGAUGGCUGAAAUGGAAAAAAUUUGGCCAUUCAUCAAUUCAUCAUCAUCAUCAUCAUCAUUAUCGUCAUUUAUUGUCGAUAAAAAAUUAUGCACAUUAAUAAAUCUAUGGUGGUGGUGGUGGCGUUGGUGUUGGCUACUGAUAAAACGUAAAUUAUCAUCAACAUUAACAACUAUCUAUGGCCAUCAUAAUAAUCGCCUUCAAUCAUUUAAUAUCACAGCCAAUGCCACAAUAUAUCAUCAUCUAUCGAAUGCCAAUGUUUUAUUUCCAGUUUUAUUCAUAUUGAUAAUCAGCAUAUUUAUACCGAUGGCCAAUUGUGAAGAAGAAUGUUUACGAUCCAAAGUUUGGUGUUAUGAAUGUGAAUCAAUCAACGAUCCAUAUUGUAAUGAUCCAUUCAAUGUUAGUUUCGAUAUGAGCUUGAUGAAAAUGUGCGAAGGUUGUUGUGUAAAGAUUGUAUUGGAAAAAAAUACACCUCAAAAAAAUAUAUGGCGAACAUGUACAUCAAGAUUACAGAUAAAUCUAUUUAUGGUUGAUCAUGUUUGUAUGGAAGAAUCCGGUGGCCAAGGACAUAUGUGUUUCUGUGAAAGUGAUGGCUGUAAUGAUUCAAGAUCCAUUCAUCAUCAUAAUUAUUAUGGCCAUUCAACAAAUAGUUGGAUAACAAUCAUAUCAACAAUAUCAAUUAUAUUCAUAAUAGCCGUGAUUAAUGAAACGAUUACAUCAUUUCUUAUUACUUCAUCAUCAUCAUCAUCAUCAUCAUUAUUAUUAUUAUUAGCCAUAGAUCAUUGGCUGCCAUCAUUAUCAUCACCGUCAUCAUCAUUAUCUAUUAAAUUUCCUUUGAAAUUCCUUCAUAUUCUAUUGUUACUGUUGAUGAUUCCAUUAAUACUACUACUACUACUACUACUACUAAUUUUUCUCACCAUCAUUAUUAUUAGGAUAUAUAUGUAA